CUGUGGGGGCCAGCAGGGGGCGCUCCAUGUCCCGCCUUUCCAUUCCCAAGAUGGCGGCGGCCGGCUCGGUGCCUGUGCGGGUGUGUCACCAGGAGAUCGUCAAAUUCGACCUGGAGAUCAAGGCGGCCGUGCAGGAUAUCCGGGAUUGCCCGGGGCCGCUCAGCGCCCUCACGGAGCUCAACGCUGCGGUGAAGGAGAAAUUCCGGCACCUCCGAGGCCGCAUCCAGGUGGGGUUGUGCUGCUUGAAGCCCCCCUGGGCUCCCCUCGGGGCCGCUGCAGCUCCGCUCCCUUCCCUUGGAGCUGCAGGUGGCAGCGGUCAGCCUGAUAUUAUUCCCGUUUUUUUGUCCAAGGAGCUGGAACAGAUGGCGAGGGAGCAAGAUAAAGAGUCGGAGAAACAGGCCUUGCUGCAGGAAGUGGAGAACCAUAAAAAGCAAAUGCUCAGCAAUCAGGCAGCUUGGAGAAAAGCAAAUCUGGCUUGCAAAAUCGCUAUCGACAACUCUGAGAAAGAUCAGCUGCUGCAGGGAAGAGACUCCUUAAGACAAAGGAAGACUACAAAGGAAAGUCUGGCAGAAAGUGCAAGUAACAUCACGGAGAGUCUGAUGAGCAUCAGUAGGAUGAUGUCACAGCAAGUCCAGCAGAGCGAGGAGACUGUGCAGACCCUGGCCAAUUCUUCACGAACCAUCCUGGAAGCAAAUGAAGAGUUUAAGUCCAUGUCUGGGACGAUUCAGUUGGGGCGAAAGCUGAUAACGAAGUACAACCGCAGGGAGCUGACUGACAAGCUGCUCAUCUUCCUCGCCCUUGCCUUGUUCCUGGCCACUGUGCUUUAUAUUUUGAAAAAAAGACUCUUCCCAUUCUUGUAAAACACCAAAGUGAGACUGGACUGUUGGGAAAGAUCAGAAAGGGACAGUGUGAUAUUGCUAGGCUUAUUAGAAAAGGGAUAUUGCAAUAGCUGAAAGAGCAUUAGAACAGGCAUGACUUCACACUGUCGCUGUGGAACUCACAAGCUGCCAAAGAAGAGCUUAGAUGACCGCAGGAUGGGAAGAAGUGCUUGGAUGAAGGUGUGAAGAAACUCCGAUCUGCCUGUGGGUUUGGGUGUCUGGAUGGACACUGGAGGCCUCAGAGGUGCUGCUCUUACCUCAUCCUUUCUUCAUUUUGCCAUGAAAUUUACUUUUGUCUUUGGCUUGAAGUGGAAGCUGCAUUGAUACCCAAGUGCAGGGUGCUGGAAACAAGAGGAAGGAUGGAAGAGAGAAACGCACUUACAUUCCAUGAAUAAAUUAUUUAUUGUAUCCAUGUAAGCAGGGUUUUGUUUAAAAACAAGUUCUAAUGGAUUGAAAGAGCCAGAGUAACUUCCAUGUAGAAGUGGUACCUAACGCUUGCAGCAGUGGCUGCAUCUGGGAUGGUUUUUCUGCUUUGUUUUCUGGUGUUGGGAGGACUGGCCAAAGCAAAAAUGGAAGCCUCAUUUGUUACUAUUAAUUCGUGCAGUGUUGGAGAAUAUCAUGGUAAACCUGUUGAAAUCAAAAGCCUUUUUUGCUUUUCUGUAUGAAAGUCCACAAAACGGUUGCAGUUUGCAAAGCACGGGCAGGUUCUACAUUUGAACGUUUCUGAGAGUUGAUAUUUUUCUCAGUAAAAUCUACAGUGUCUGCCUUUCCUGUCUCUUGUGCUCUCAUACUGGGAUUUGAUUUGAUGUAAUAACACAAAUACCUGCGCGCUGCCCUUUGUAAUUGUUCUUAAAACUGCUGUCACCUUCCCCUAAUGAAAUGGGUUCCUUACUUUUUCAGGGCUGACCAGUAAGGUUGGUUUUCUCUUUACAAAGUUCUCAUGGAAUGGUUAAAUACCGCUUUAAUGUAGCUGCUGAAAGUAAGCUUUUACAUGGCAGUGCUAAGUAUAUACUAAGAAAUAUGGCAAUAACCUCUCAGUAACACAUUCUGGGUUAUCUUAUCGUUGCAGUACUGGUUUUUCUAGGUCUUACCAGUGGUACUUUGUGCCCAUUCACCAGCAGCUGCUUCAAGCUUAGUUAAAUAAACGAGGCAUGGUAGAUGGUAGUAAUCCAAACCACUGUGCAGGACAGUAGAAGUGGUGGCUGUGUGUCCAUGGGCAUGAACAGUAGAAGCUGGAAUUUAUUUAGGUCAAAAUCAAGGCCUCUACCUGAAGAGUUAAGAAUGUCUGAGCCUUUCUUCCCAAUGGAGUAAAAGGAUUUGGAAACCUUUGCACUAGGCCUGGUACAUCCCAUAGAGGGCAGUGCUGUGAUAGCCAGGCUAAGCACGAUGGAUGUGGCACUUUCUCUAUUGUUUAUUCAUCAUAUUUCAAUGCAACCUUCCUUAUCGCCUCUCCAGAGAUGCAGGAAUAUGCAGUGAUUGAAAUAAAGUGAUAACAUGCAUGUUA